UAAACGAAUUGCAUAAAAUUCCGGAUUUCUUUCGACAGAUUAGAUGUUAAAAGCUUGAUUCAAACCACAUAAUAUGCUGAACAAGACUGCUUUAAUUGGUGCCAUGGUGCGGAGGACCUUUGGAACCAGCCAGAUAAUGCGGGAGACGAUCAAAAACCACGAGCCCAACAACCUGGAGCGCAAAAUGUUGGUCUGGACCGGUAAAUACAAGACAGCUGCCGAAGUUCCCAAUUUUGUUAGUCAGGAUGUCAUGGAGCGCUGUCGCAACAAAAUGCGCAUCCGACUGGCCAACAUUAUGAUCGCACUCACCGCUGUUGGCUGUGCCAUAAUGGUAUACAGUGGCAAGCAGGCCGCCAAACGAGGAGAAUCCGUUACCAAGAUGAACCUCGAGUGGCACAAGCAAUUCAAGGAUCCCCAGGGGAGCGAAGGAACUGCCCCGGCCGCCAAGUAGAUCCCACACCAAAGUCGCACCACUCGCCCAGAAUCCCUACAAUUGGCCGUGUUUUCAUUUCUAAUUUCUAUAAAAAUAGGUGACAGCAACCUUUUUAAAUCAUAUAAAUUAUUUAGGUUACUAAGUAGACCCUGCCUUCUUUUUAGUUCCUCAAGAGAUUUUUUUGAAUUUCGGUUAUAAGCCCUCUUAGCGGAUUCGAAAUUAUUUUAUGUAUUCCUUGCUUUAAAUUUAUAUUAUUUUGUUUGUUUACUAUUUGUUGAAAAUGUGUUGCCUUAAUACCCCUAAUAUGGCCAAUAUUAUUUGAAAUUGAAAUCGCUUUGGACUGGAAAACUCUUUCCCCUAAGCAUCCGCACAUGGUAGAUAGAUAUUCAGUGAUAUUUGCAAACUUAAAGUUAGUUGUAUUACAAAAAUAAAUAAAUAUUUUACGAGAAAGUUA